AUGGGUAGAUUGCACGAAUAUCAAGUCAUUGGUCGCAAACUACCAAGUCAAAAAGAUCCAGUACCAAGUCUUUAUCGUAUGAAGCUUUUUGCUCCUAACGAAGUUGUAGCAAAAAGUAGAUUUUGGUAUUUUUUAACAAAACUUAAAAAGGUCAAAAAAGCUGCCGGUGAAAUCGUUUCUAUUAAUGAGAUAUUCGAGAAAAGGCCAGUACAAAUCAAGAAUUAUGGUAUAUUUCUUCGAUAUGAUUCUCGUUCCGGUACACAUAACAUGUAUAAAGAAUAUAGAGAAAUGACUAGGUACGGCUCUUUGUCUAACCAAGACAUGGCCGCUCGUCACCGUGCUAGAUUUUCAUCCAUUCAAAUUAUACGAGUUGCGGAUUUAAAAACUUCUCAAGUGAAACGUCCAUACAUCAGACAACUCAUUGAUCCGAAACUUAAAUUCCCUCUUCCUCAUCGAGUUGUUCGUGGUAAUAGGUCCACAUUUUUAGCUAAACGACCUUCUACAUUCUAUUAA